UCUAAAGAAUUCAAGUUGUCAUUUAUUCCAAGGGCAAUGGAGAAGUGCAUGGUGGGCAUGAGUAUAGACUAAUCCCUGACCAGCAAAGAAAUUCCCAGGAGAAACGGCCCAAAAGAUGUCAUCAGGGAGCUGUACAAUGACGAAAGGAGAAGGGGCUUUGGUUUCCUGACCUGAUGUGGUCUCCGCUCUGGUUUGAGGGGAAAUGCCUUAUGUCCAGCACUUGCAGAGAUCUGACGAUGGAGAGUUCUGGCAAUGGAAGCCCUGCCCAGGUUUUCAGCUUAUGUCCAGAUGGUGAGUGCAGGACACUGGAUGAUGGCAGCCGCAUCCCCAGCAGCCAAGUCCCAGCACACUCAGGAGCUAGCACUGAGUUCUGGGAGAACUCUGUGUUUUUAGCCCAAACCAUCAUCCCCCAGCUUCCUCUCUCAUUAGAAGGGUUUCCAGGCUCAAAACCUGAUCUGACCUCUCAGAUGGAUAGAGGUGAAAGGCUGUGCAUCCAGAACCUUCAGGGAAUGGAGGACAGAGAGACCCUGAAAAGUGCUUAUCCAGACUAUGGGAUUGAGCCUGAAAACAAGGAGGUUAUUCCAAAGCAGGAAGUGUCUGAAGAAGAUGAAUUCAAGGGCAUACUGUGGACAGGCUUGCAAAAGACUGUUCCUGAGGAGCCUGAACUUGAAGAAGCCCGUGACUCCAAGGACAGUCUAGAGGAGCACAAGGGUAGUCUGGUGUUGAUGAGACUGAGACAUUCUCCCCCUCCCCAAGACAGUGGUUUCAACCACAUGUCUCUCUCCCAAGGGAGUGUCCCUAAAGAAGAGGCUGAGAAAAGCUAUGAUCCCAGCUCAGACCCUGUUCCAGGUGGUAUAGAAACUCUAAAAGAGAGAUCUCAGAGAUGUGGUGUGUACGACAAAGGCUUUGGACAGGGUUCGGGGCCCCUGACCCAUCAGAAUGUCAAUCAUGGGAAAAAACCCUAUGAAUGUAGCGAAUGCGACAAGGCCUUUAGCCGGAGGUCGUACUUUAUUGAACAUCAAAGGAUCCAUAGUGGCGAGAAACCGUAUGAUUGUAGUGAGUGUGGCAAGGCCUUCAGGUGGUAUUCUGAUGUUGUUUCCCAUCAGAGAAUUCACCGUGGGGAGAAACCUUACCAAUGUAAUGAUUGUGGCAAAGCCUUCCGGAAGAGCUCAGACCUUAUCCAGCAUCAGAGGGUUCAUAGUGGGGAGAAGCCCUAUGAAUGUAGUCAUUGUGGCAAAGUCUUUGGUCGAAGCUCCAGCCUCAUUCGGCAUCAAAGAAUUCAUAGUGGAGAGAAGCCCUAUGAAUGCAAUGCAUGUGGGAAGGCUUUCAGAGAUAUUUCUACUUUUAUUAACCAUCAGAAAAUCCAUAGUGGAGAGAAACCCUAUGAAUGUGACGAAUGUGGGAAAGCCUUCAGUCGGAGCUCCAGCCUUAUUGAACAUCAGAGGAUUCAUAGUGGAGAGAAGCCCUAUGAAUGCAAUGAAUGUGGGAAGGCCUUCAGGUGGUGCUCAGACCUGGUUCCACAUCUCAGAAUUCAUAGUGGGGAGAAACCUUUUGAAUGUAAUGAAUGUAAAAAAUCCUUUAGGAAGAGCUCAGAUCUGAUUUUGCAUCAGAGGAUUCAUAGUGGAGAGAAGCCCUAUGAAUGCAAUCAGUGUGGGAAGGCCUUCAGGAAGAGAUCUGACCUCAUUCAGCAUCAUAGAAUUCACAGUGGAGAGAAACCUUUUAAGUGUAACGAAUGCGAGAAAGCUUUUAGGACCCGGUCUGAUCUCGUUCAGCAUCUGAGAAUUCACAGUGAUGAGAAACCUUAUGAAUGUAAUGAAUGUGGGAAAGCUUUCAGGCAGAACUCAGACCUGAUUCAGCACCAGAGAAUCCAUAGUGGAGAAAAGCCCUAUGAGUGCAACCAGUGUGAGAAAGUCUUCUGUCGAAACUCGAGCCUCAUUCGACAUCAGAGAACUCACAACAGAGAUUCACAUUCAGGGUGUUAGCCAUCCCCUGUCCACGCUAGGGACUCUGGGGAAAAUUGCAGGCUCAAUAUCACUUCCUUCUGGUAGCAAACGAUAACAGCUGUUUGAACAACUGAUUGAUCACCAUUAGAGCGAGGGAACGGGACUGUUGAAAAUGAAUAUUUACAACGACUCAUCCCUGGCUUGAUCAGCUUUCAGAAUGGCCUCUCAGGUCAGGGACUGAAAUGGAAGAGGCUGUAUGCCCCCACCCCCAC